CUCAUUUCUCAACGUACCAAAUCCCAAACCUCACCGGUGCUCCGGCUAUGUCGCCGGUAAUACCACCAGCUCCGCCGCCGCAUUCCUAAAUUCGCCACCGACGCAACUGUCUACUCCGGCGUCGUCAAAACCACAAUGCCUUCACCGAAGAGCGUAAAGCAGAGGGUGCUUGAGUGCCUCACCAAGCUCUCCGACCGUGAUACUCACUCCAUCGCCACUGCUGAGCUUGAGUCCAUCGCCCUCAGCCUCGACCAAACCACCGUGCCGUCGUUCCUCUCCUCCGUCCUCGCCACCGACUCCUCCGACAAAACCCUCGUCCGCAGGCAAUGCGUGCAGCUCCUCGGGUUUCUAGCCGAGACGCACGGCAGCGCUCUCUCUCCCUACCUCUCCAAGAUCCUAAUCGCCGUCCUCCGCCGCCUCCGUGACCCGGACUCGGCGGUCCGAUCCGCAUGCGCGGAUUCUGUUGCGGCAUUGUCGUGUCACGUCAGCGGCAAGCAACCGUUCUUCUCGUCGUUCGCAAAGCCGUUGUCGGAAGCGCUGUUCACGGAGCAGGACGCGAACGCGCAGGCCGGCGCAGCGCUGUGUUUGGCCGCUGCGAUCGGCGGAGCUCCGGAUCCGGACCCUGCCAGGCUGGCGAAGCUGCUGCCGAGGUUCGAGAAGCUCUUGAAGCGCGACGGAUUCAAGGCGAAGCCGGCGCUUCUGGCGCUGAUCGGGAGCGUGGUACGCGCCGGCGGUGCGUCGAGCCACGCGGCACUUAGCAACUUAGUUCCUUGCUUAGUAGAGUCGCUUAGUAGCGAGGACUGGGCGGCGAGGAAGACUGCGGCAGAGGCGCUGGCAGUGGUAGCUGUCGUGGAGAGGGACUCCUUGUCGGAAUUCAAGGCUGGGUGCAUGAAAGUUUUUGAGAAUCGACGAUUUGAUAAGGUAAAGUUGGUUCGGGAAGUCAUGAAUCAGAUGUUGGAGGCAUGGAAGCAUGUUCCCGAUCUUUCUGAUGAAUUUUCGCCACCUCCUCAUUCGAUAGCUUCUUCCAAAGAGAAUGCAAGUGAUGGGCGCUAUCCCCCAGCCACUCAAAAUUCAUGUAGUCCCGGUUCAGUGAUGGUGAAUUUGCGGAAGAAAUCCAUUCCUGGUAGAAGAUUCAGUGCACCACAUAGUUCUUCUUCUAGCAAUGCGAAGAAUAUUAGUCCUUCAAGUGUUAACAAGAGAGUGAAUUCUGUUGUUUCGCGAAGAUUAAACUAUAAGAGUUGGGAUGUUCAAAUUGCAUUGUCAAAUGCUCCCUCUGCAGUCAUGGCUGAUCAGGGUAAUCCUCGGGAGAGGGAUGAAACUGCCAAAAAGGAUAAAAACAGAUUUUUAAAGCCAGAAACAAAGCGAGCUCUAUUUAGUAAAAUUCCUGAUGAAAAGAUGCAUAAGUUUGGUGUGUCCAAAGCUGGAUCUCGUGUUGUUCCUUAUCAUGAAGAGGGUCAAGACUCAGUUCCUGUAAGUAAUGUCACUAAAGAUCAACUUAGGAAUGACAAAGAGAGUGAAGAGAUGUCUUUGAUCCGUGAUCAAUUACAUCAAAUCGAGCAGCAGCAGUCUAGUCUACUUGAUCUUCUGCAGAAAUUCAUUGGAAGCUCACAAAAUGGAAUGCGAUCUUUAGAGACUCGUGUUCAUGGCCUUGAGUUGGCAUUGGAUGAGAUCUCCUAUGAUCUGGCUAUAUCAAGUGGGAGGAUGACUGAUACCGGAGCUCCUAGUAAUACAUGUUGUUUGCUACCUGGAGCAGAAUUUUGGAGCUCCAAGUUCCGGAGGAAGACACAGGGCCAGUAUACAUCCUCCCAAAUCUCUAGAUCUGUCACCACCCCAUCACUAGCUUCAAGGCACUAUACCACUGAGAGGAAUGCAGAAACCAAUUUGACAAGCCACAGAUUCAGGGCUGAUGGAAGCUUCAUCACCAAUCCACUGGCAGAGGUUCAUACAAAUUCAAGGGAUUUUGCACGGUCAGAGCAAGUUUAAAUGACAGAUGUGCUGAACAAUCAUUACUGCAGGCAUGAUCUUCUUUUCAAUUUCAGUCAGCUUUGAUCAAAGAUCCCUUGAUUGGAUAACCGGAUUAUGAUUUAAAUUGAAAUAGGUGAAACUACAUGCGCCAUUCAAAAUAUUCGGUCUAGUCUCAUUAUUAUGGGAGGUGAGGAAGCUGGCUAGACCAUACAUUUUACAUCUUAGUGCAGAAUUUAAUUUUGCAUGUUAGAAAGAGAGUAACAGGAGUGAGUAACGGCUAGAUAUCAUACCACACCAUUGAGGUUAAAUCUGUGCAUGUAUAGAGAGGAGAAUGACAGGCUUUUAUUUUUUUAAAACUUUUCUUGUUGUUGUUGUUGUUGUAUGAUUGAUACCACUUUGCGUUCCAGUCUAUGUUAAAGAUGGUCACGGACAUAUCACAUAUGUGGUCCUGUAUUGGGAUACCAAACUCAUCUAUUGUAUUGUUCAUUCA